GAAAACACAGACAGACACAUUACAGCUUGCAAAUUAUCUGAAGUUUGGACCCGACUAAAAAUAUCGAUCUGAUCCAAUUUUAUGAGAGUUCAAGGACUGAGAUCUCAAAACAACUGGACAUAUUGUGCAAUUCUACAAAUAUGUAAGUUAAUAAAUAACAACGGACACUAGCUAAAAUACAUAUAAAUGCAGAAGACACUCAGCAGCACCGAUAUGCAGAUUGAGCUGUGGACUACAUUACAGAAUGAAGAGACUUGUGGUUCUACUCUCCUUGUUUCUCCUUGCCGCUACUGAAAAACAAGAUCUUUUAGGUAAAAUGUUCACCUUUCCUGUGGAGUCCAAUCGCCACCACGUGAGUCUCAGUCCUCUGCUGGAGAAUGAGACAAAUUUCACAUGUAUAACUGUGUGUUUGCGUGCCUUCUCCGACCUUGACCGAAGCCAGAGCCUUUUUUCGUUAGCUCUCCCGGAAUCUGAUAAUGCCUUUUUUAUUUACAAGCCCAAACGAGAAGUUUAUUGUUUACAUGUGGGAGGCUUGUCUGUGGACUUUUGGGGCUUGGAAGAUGAACUAAAUGUCUGGAAUUCGGUCUGCGCUACCUGGGACGGGAAAACAGGUCUCGGUCAGAUGUGGGUGAACGGAAAACCGAGCACAAGAAAAGGGUUCUCUCGCUUAGGCUCUCUAAGCGGAACUCCAAAAAUCAUUCUGGGUCAAGAUCAAGAUUCUUAUGGUGGAGGAUUUGAUAUUAACCAGUCAUUUGUGGGCAUGUUGACCGAUGUUCACAUGUGGAACUCUGUUUUGUCUCCUAGCGAGAUUUCGCAAUAUAUGCACGAUAGAUGGUAUCAGUCUGGAAAUGUUCUUAACUGGGACUCUUUGGAAUUUAGCAAAAUUGGGUAUGUGAUUACUGAAAGUGUAAAAACUACUCAAAAAUUAAAAAUUGAAUCUUAAAAAGAGUCGUUGUUUAGGAACCUAAAAGAAGGAAUGAAUACAGACCUAUCUUUACUAUGAGUAAUGAUAAUGCAAUGAAAUUUGAAAUAAACACGUGAAAAUAAUGGCAUGAAAAAAAAAAGUGUUUGUUUAAUGAAUUCUACUGAUACUUAAAAUAACAUACGGUUGCAUCUGUGAUAAAACCUCAUUUGUUGUUAUUAAAAAGUAUCUGUUGUAAAAGA